AUGGCUACAAUCACAGAGGAACAAAUUAUACAAGCUUCUGAUGCUUUUGUUAACAAAUAUGAAUCUAUAGAUAAUCCUCUAUACGUUGCAUUCAACAGUGAUGUCCAAUAUUUGCCAUUAUGUUUUCAAAUUUUAAAUCAAUGCUGGUCAAUACCAAAUGCUCAAUAUUUUGCUGGGAAUGCAUUAUAUAAUUUGGUAAGGGCAUUCUCGCCGCAGUGGCCAAAUCAAUUUAUCACUGAUUGUAAAGAAAAUAUUUUCAAUUUUUACGGAACGUGCCUUCAAAAUAUCCAAACAAAAUUCGCUCCAUCUACAAAUUUAGCCAUCGACAAAGUCACCGCCGCAUACGCAAUGAUCAUAAAAAUUUCUUUAUCUUCAUUUAACAGUUUACCCUAUGUUGUCAACGAAAUCAACACAAAUCUCGAAAGCGAUAUACCUCAGGCGAUCAACCUGAAGUUUAACAUCUUCAGGCAAUUAAUAGAUAUCUUCUCAAAAGACGCGAAUUUAGCAAUUUUCACACAACUCGAUUUACAAUAUCAUUUCACCUACGAAGUAUUCAUGAUUGCAGUCAUGGUUAUUCGCAACAACCUCUACUGCACUAGAUAUCUCGCAGAUGGUCCAAAAGAUCCAAAAUCUAUCACAAUCAACGACGAAAUCACACAAACAGCAUUAGGACUCAUGGAUCUUGCCUUAGAAGUUCACCUUGUUGAUAUCGCGAAGAAUGCAGUUACAAAAGAUGAAGUUUUGUCAGAAGAAUUGGAUCUGAAGCCAAUUUGGCAAAGCGAAAUCACUAGCGCCGAAAAUUACAAGUUCAUCUUCUCAUUGGCAUUCAAUCCGAUCUUUACAGAAAAAGCGUUUAAGAUUAUUUACAAAUUAGGCUGCGUAAAAAGGGCCAUGUUCACAAGCGAAGAGCUCCAUUACAAUGCCUUCUUAGCCACAAUCACAGCUGCUACUCAAUUUUUGUCUGAUGACGCUUUUGUAAUGAAUAAUCAAGAUUUACUUUUCUUCCUUAUCAAAUUGCUUUAUAAGAUUCGUAUUCGUAUUCUUUCCUUCCCUAAGCUUACCGAAAACAUGGAGGAAUACAAGAAUUUCUUGAUGUUAUUAAAGCAAAGAACAUUACAGUUCAUUGAGAACGGUUUAAUAACUAAACAACCUUACAUGAUGAUGUAUCUCAUGAAGCUCUGGUGUUAUGCUGUCCCAGACAUCUCCGAAUUCAACGAGAUGUUCUUAACUUAUAUUAUCAAUAUCAUUGAACUUCCCGUAAAAAGUGACACCGACCAAAUAGAGGAAAGUUUUGAUGAUUGCAGGUACGAUGAGUGUAUUACUGUUAUUCCUUUAAGAUGCCCUGCGAAUGUGCUCUCAGAUUUCGCAAAAAGUGUAAUUGACCACUUAAUUAAUACUCAAGCUCAAUUUAACCAAGCCCUUCUUUCCGCGAGCGAAGUAGAUGAUUCCUUCCGUCGCUUCGACAUGCAGAUGGCCAUAAUUGUUGGCUUUCUCGCUACAAUUCUCAAGAGACCUUUGCAAACAAUUGAUGAACCACAAAUCCAAGCAUUUUGUGCGAUCAUGAAGACGCUGAUCAACUCAAAGGAGACAUUAGAUGCCUGCUAUCACGCACAACUACCUUAUCUCGAGAGAUCUUUGAUGAUUUUCUGCCAUCAACUCAAAAGAACGAACUUAGCCGACCAAAAGAAGUUUGACAAGGUAUUUGCAGCCAUUACGGAUUGCGAGGCCCACGAUUUGGCCCAAGCCUGCAACAUUUUGAUCGAAAGAAUCACGAUGUCUCUUAUUUCCUUCCCAGAUGAUGAAGUAACCAUCAGAUUAGGCGUCAAUGCCCUCGAUUCCGUCAUUUCCAUCAUCAUUAAGAACAAGAUUAAGGACGCAAUGAACGCUGAGAUACUUUUACAGUCAUUUGUCGAUCAUCCUUUCGAUUUCAUGGUCAAUGUCAAGAAUAAGAGGUCCACGAUCAACGCUUCCAGGAUUCUUACGACAAUUGCUUUAUCAUCUCAACCAGCCACUGAAUAUUUCCAAGGAUUCCUCGACCAGAACUACCAGAUGUUCCUUUCCCAGCUGACAACCGAAGUUUUCAAGGCACUUUUGUACAAUUUCAUCGGUACAUUCCAAGCAUGUACUAAAAAGAACGAUUUCGACACUUUCUUCUACUGGUUAUUCCCUGAGAAACUUGAACAGAUCAUUACAGUCAUUGAUUCCAUCAAUGAUCCCAGUUUACUUUCAGAUUUCUUCAAAUUCCUCUUCUCAACCAUCCAACCACAAGAAAACCAGUAUUCCGCCAAAGACAAGAAGAAAGAUAUCACAGCCAAGAUCUCCUUCCCUCCUCAUUCCUCGAACGGUGUCCAAUUAUUCGCAUUACUCGCUCAAGCACUCAAAAGAGGCUUUUCCAUGCUGAGCGAGUUCUCCAUGGCCGACCAGAAAGAGAUGGAGAACGUAAUGAAGCCGUUCAAGUCAAUGACAAGACUAAUGAGUGAGAUUAUGAAGGCAGAUUACGUAAUGUUCGAUGCAUUCGAUCUUUACGAGGACAAAACAAUUGAUGAACUGUUGGCUUCGUAUUUCAGAUUGUUGAGUAUGAUUGAUAUGACGUCUUUCUUCAAUUUGAAGUGUUUUUCAAUUCUUUUGUCAUUAGUUGACAGUUUGAGCAGCUAUCACAUGGAGAGAGUCAUAAACUGCGAUGCCUGUUUCAUACAGAUGAUGUUUGAUUUCAUUAUACAAGUAUUCAGAGGAAAGGAAUACGAGGGAUUGAUGAAAUCAGCAAUGUCUUCUGCCAAAAACAUCAUUAAGUUCUUCUGUGAUAAUGCUGAGUCUCAUGUUUACGAUGAAGUGCUGAAAUCAAUCGAAAUCAAGUUCAGAAAUGUCGUGAGAUUGCUUUGGCAGUUCCUUCUCAAUGACCACACAACUCUUUGCUACGAUGUCGCACUGAUUUUGAGGCCUGCUUUGGUUCUUUGUCCUCCUUUGCUUCAGGCUCUUCAUGAUGAAUCUGUCCAGUUUAUUCCUGAGGAUUCUCUCGCGUUCUACGACGGAUGUUUCGCAAAAAUUGAGAAUUGCGAGUCAAUCGAGGAUCUAAACAAGGUUCUUCUUGAAUGGCAACUGUUCGCAAAGAAUCUGCAGUUGAACGCAAUUUUACAAUUCGAAGCUUAA